AUGGAUAGGAAAACCUUCACCUUUCCUAAAAACGUGGGUUUUUUUCCGCUAGGUUCCAUAGGAGGAAUUGGAACAUUCUUAGGUAACAUUCCGAAAAACAGACGUUGUGAUGGUGACCAUAAAUUCAUAUUUUCCUUGUUUGCAAUUGGUGGUUCUUUGGUACUAGGUCCUGAGGGUGGAACAAGCCAUCUUGUAACCGGUGGUUCUUUGGUACUAGAUCCUGAGGGUGGAACGAGCCAUCUUGUAACCGGUGAUUCUUUGGUACUAGGUCCUGAGGGUGGAACGAGCCAUCUUGUAACCGGUGGUUCUUUGGUACUAGGUCCUGAAGGUGGAACGAACCAUCUUGUAUCCGGUGAUUCUUUGGUACUAGGUCCUGAGGGUGGAACGAACCAUCUUGUGACGCGUAUUGGAUCAACCGAUUUUUUAAGCAAACUUUCGGACUGCCGAAAAUCUCCAGAUUGAUGUAAGAGGCUCUUCUCGUUGGCUUCAAGAACACCAACAAAGAGGAGAACAAACAAUGCUGUCACAGUAUACGAAUUUGAUUUCGUCAUUACAAGAUACUUUUACAAAUUGUUAUAA